ACAAGGAUUUGAAUCCCCUCUAGUGGGACGCGUGAUCUCUCCUCUGUUUUCGUGAAGUGAAAUUAAAUUUAAAAGGUUUAAAAACAGUCACGUGAUUUGAUAAUUCACCGAUCAUGUUCUUAUGAGACCGGAGUCCAACAUUAAGUGAAUUUUUUUGUUUUAAUGAGUUAUCGAUUGACGUGACAUUAAAAGUCUUCUAGAAGAGGAUAAGGUAUUGGGUUUGUUUGGGUGCACCUCGCGCUUGCACGACAGGUACUACCCGAUUCUAUUCUUCGGAAAAUUAGGCACUUGUGGGACCCAAAUUAUUAUGGUAGGUCCCAUCACUCUCAUAUUUCCCUUCAGGUUGGGGCACUGCUUUUUUACAAAUUUUCCAAGAUUUCAAUCCCAUUUCUGCUUUUGAAACAUAACAUCACCGUCAUCUUCAUGCCACUUAGUAAAUCAAGUCAAGUUGUCAACUGCGAAGUUAGUUUGAAACUUCUUACUUCACAGUAUUUAAUUGUAUCACUCUCAUAUAUCUAAACAUAUACAGUAUAAUAUAUCUAUACACACUCACCCUUCUGGACUCCUCCAUCAUUUAUCAAUCCAAACACAAAUCACCAACUAAACCAUGGCGGUGGCUGAGCUCACUGGUGGCGGUGGUGGUGGUGGUUGGAGACAGAUGAGUAGCUUCAGCCUCCACCUGAUCACCAGCCGGUGGUUCUUGGUCUUUGCUUCACUCCUCAUCAUGUCCGCUUCUGGAGCAACCUACAUGUUCGGCCUCUACUCCGGCGACAUCAAAUCAGCCCUGGCUUACGACCAAACAACCCUAAACUUGCUCAGCUUCUUCAAGGACUUAGGCGGCAACGUCGGCGUCCUAUCGGGGCUCAUCAACGAGGUCACGCCGGCGUGGGUGGUUCUCUCCAUCGGCGCCGCCAUGAACUUCUUCGGCUACUUCAUGAUAUGGCUCGCCGUCACCGGCCACACGGCCAAACCCCACAUCUGGCAAAUGUGUGUGUAUAUAUGUAUGGGUGCAAAUUCUCAAGCCUUUGCCAAUACAGGAGCUUUAGUCACUUGUGUGAAGAACUUCCCAGAAAGUAGAGGCAUUGUUUUGGGACUUUUGAAGGGCUUUGUUGGCCUAAGUGGUGCAAUUAUCACACAACUAUACCGUGCACUUUAUGGUCACGAUUCCAAGUCCCUAAUCUUAUUCAUUGCUUGGUUACCUGCUGUUGUGUCAAUCGUUUUUCUUCGAACAAUUAGGAUCAUGAAGGUUGUCCGAUCACAAAAUGAGCUCAAGAUUUUCUUUAAUCUUCUCUAUAUAUCGCUCGGCCUCGCCGGCUUUCUCAUGGUUAUAAUCAUCAUCCAACAUAGGUUUAACUUUUCUAGGGUUGAGUUUUACGGAAGUGCUUCAGUUGUACUUAUACUACUCUUUGCUCCUCUUUUUAUUGUCAUAAGAGAAGAACUCACUCUUUGGACGCACAAGAAAAAAGGGUUGAAUGAUUCUCCUCAAAUUAUCAAAGUAGUGAGUGAAAAUCCACCUCCUGUUGAAUUAGUGGCGCCACCACCGGUGGUGGCACCACCGGAAAAGCAUGUGUCAUGCGUGGCCAACAUUUUCCGGCCACCGGACAGAGGAGAGGACUAUACCAUAUUGCAAGCACUUUUUAGCGUGGACAUGAUAAUUCUAUUUGUUGCAACAGCAUGUGGAGUUGGGGGCACAUUGACAGCCAUAGACAACUUGGGUCAGAUUGGUAAGUCAUUAGGCUAUCCAACCACUAGCACCACCACAUUCAUAUCCCUAGUGAGCAUAUGGAACUAUCUCGGCCGAGUCGUGUCCGGAUUCGCCUCCGAGAUCCUCCUAGCAAAGUAUAAGUUCCCGCGUCCCCUAAUGCUCACAUUUGUGCUUCUUCUCUCAUGUGUUGGCCAUCUUCUCAUCGCCUUCGGCGUGCCCAAUUCUCUCUAUUUCUCCUCUGUCAUUAUAGGGUUUUGCUUUGGAGCUCAAUGGCCGUUGAUUUACGCAAUCAUAUCGGAAUUAUUCGGCCUCAAGUACUACGCAACGUUGUACAAUUUCGGGGCCGGUGCAAGCCCUGUUGGAUCAUAUAUACUCAGUGUCAAAGUGGCUGGUCAUCUCUAUGACAAAGAGGCUUUGAAGCAAUUGGCAGCUAAGGGUGUCACAAGGCGAGCCGGGGACGACUUGACGUGCACCGGCGUGGAGUGUUACAAGCUUUCCUUUCUUAUAAUGACUGCGGCCACAUUGUUUGGAUGUCUAGUAUCAUUUAUUUUGGUUAUUAGAACAAGAAAAUUUUACAAAAGUGAUAUAUACUACAAGUUCAGAGAGCAGGCCGAUGGGGCAGACUUUCCGGUGGUUUUGACUGCAGACGGUGUUGCUCCGGUGAGAGGAGGAGAGUCCAGGGCGGUGCCAAUGCCAAUGCAAGUGCAGCCUCCACCACCACCACUAAACAAUCAGAACAAAUAGAGAAGCUAGGGUAAUCAAAAGCCUUGAGUCAAAAAUAUAUAUAUCGCUUAGAAAGUAACAGUAAUUAGAAACAAUGGCAUCAUGUACUCAUUUCUUGCUGUUUGUUUAGCAAAUUUCAGUCAAUUGUUCUUAUUGAAUGUCACAAUCUAUAAAUAUUAAACAUGUUUUGGGGAAUUUUCUCA